UAUAAAAUCAAUACUUUAUCCUAGCCAUCAAUCCAAAUCUCUCGAGUCCAUCACCAUGGCUUCGGUUAACAUUGCAGUAAUUCUAAUCUUGGUGGCAAUGGCCCUCUAUGCAGUCUCCGUCGCCAUGGCAGCAACCUACAUGGUUGGCGACUCUGCUGGUUGGACUCUUCCUCAGCAGCCUAUCUACUACGAUAAGUGGGCUGCUGAUAAGACGUUUGUCGUUGGUGACACUCUCGUUUUUGACUACAAUCCCCAAUACCACAACGUGCUAAGGGUGGACCAAUUGGGUUUCCAGUCAUGCAAUGCGACAUCACCUAUUAUGCGUUAUGCCUCUGGCCGCGACUCCGUCGCCCUCCAAAGCCCAGGCCAUUUCUUCUUUCUGUGUGGUUUCCCUGGCCACUGCCAAGCUGGACAGAAGGUUCACAUCCAUAUUGCCAUUUAUCCACCAUAAAUAUAUCUAUUUUAUAUUGAAUCCUUCCCA